CCCUCUGUCACUCAGAGCUGCAGCUGGCACGGGGAGAACUACCUGUCUGUCCCUUUGGAAUACAGAUAGACAACAGGAGGAUCAGGACAAAAUGAGUUCCAAGGCAAAGUCAGUUGGGAUCAUCGGAGCUCCUUUCUCAAAAGGACAGCCACGAGGAGGGGUGGAAGAAGGCCCUGCAGCACUGAGAAAGGCUGGCCUAGCUGAAAAACUUAAAGAACAAGAGUGUGACGUGAAAGAUUAUGGGAACUUGUCCUUUGCUGAUGUGCCAAACGAUACCCCCUUUCAAAUUGUGAAGAAUCCAAGGGCUGUGGGCAAAGCUAAUGAGCAGCUAGCGGAAGUGGUAGCAGAAGUGAAGAAGGAUGGGAGAACCAGCUUGCUACUUGGCGGGGAUCACAGUUUGGCGAUUGGAAGUAUCUUCGGCCAUGCCAAAGUUCAUCCUGAUCUCUGCGUCAUUUGGGUAGAUGCACAUAGUGAUAUCAACACUCCUCUGACAACCACAACUGGCAACUUACACGGACAGCCUGUGUCUUUCCUUUUGAAGGAACUAAAGGGACAGAUCCCUGAUAUUCCAGGAUUCUCUUGGGUGACACCCUGCUUAUCAGCUAAGGAUAUUGUAUACAUUGGGUUGAGAGAUGUGGAUCCUGGUGAACAUCGCAUCCUUAAAGAUCUGGGUAUUAAAUUUUUUUCAAUGACUGAAGUGGAUAAGCUUGGAAUUGCCAAGGUGAUGGAAGAAACACUAAGUUACUUAAUAGGAAGGAAGAAAAGACCAAUUCAUCUGAGUUAUGAUGUGGAUGGACUGGACCCAUCGAUGACACCCGCUACGGGCACACCUGUCCCUGGAGGUCUGACUUACAGAGAAGGUCUCUAUAUUACAGAACAAGUCUUUAAAACAGGGCUCCUCUCGGGAUUAGACAUAAUGGAAGUCAAUCCAUCCCUUGGGAAAACACCAGAAGAAGUAAAGCGGACAGUGAAUACUGCUAUUGCAUUAACUUUGUCCUGCUUUGGAGUAGCUCGAGAGGGCAAUCACAGUGCCAACUGACUGUAAAUAAGUCUCAAUAAUUCUGAAAAGGAAUUGGGGGGGGGGGGGCGCGGUAGUAGGAGGGAAGAGAAUUGAUAUUCAAUGCCUGGCUAACAAUGAGCAACUCUAAAAAUUGUGCUUAAGCUUACACUUUCCCCAAAGCCUUUUGCCAAAUUUUAAUAGGUAAAUAACUAAAGUUCUAAUCCCUUCUUUAAUGUGAAAUCAAAGUAUUUUUGCUUGCCCUUUAGCUGUAAUCAAGGGGAAAGACUUACAGUGACUCUGGGGAAGAGAAAUGUAAACUUGAGGCUAAUUCAUUAAUUUGCUGUUAGCUGGUUUAACAACAUAAACAUGUAUAUAGUGAAAACUGGUAACAGGAGGCAAACAGCAUUAAUCUGUUGUUUGCCACGUGUGCCUGUACAUGAAAUAUAGCUAGAGACCAAACUUAAGCUAAUACUAACAGGUAACAGCAAGGACCACGUUCAUCCAUCUGAGUUUUUAGUUCUUUUUAUAAGGAACAAUAGCUGCAUAGACUCUACUAUGCCUUCCCAUUCUUCCACCAGUAAUGCUGAAGAUUUAUUUUUAUGAGAGAUCUUAACCUUCUGAAAUAUUUGACUGAAUAAAUUUAUGUCACUAAGUCUGUGUAGGAAAUGCCUUGUUAUGAAGUUUCUUUAAAAUGUCUGACUACUAAUAAAAAUACUUGGUCAAAUUUAUUUUGACACUGAAAAGUAAAAUUUACUUUCAUCUUUGAAAACUGGGGACAGAGAACUUUUAUGAGAACAUUUAUGUUUGGUAAUAUACAUCCAUUUAAAGUAGAGUAAACACUCUGAGGAAGAACAUUCUUCCCAUAUUAUCAUUUUCAUUUUGUCUUUAUUCUACUCAAUGACUAUGACAUGUAAAGGAUUGUAUCAUAUCAACUUUAUCACGAGUACAAUAAAGUAUCAUCUCCCACCAAAACAUCACUCUUGAAGUAUCAUCAACUGAAAAAUACCAAAGAUCUUUUUUUUCCCCAAAGAAAGAUUAACAGAUUCCUUAACAUAGGUUUGAGUAAAAAAAAAAAAAGCCCAGAUUCUACAGUAUAAAUACCAAAUACUUUGAUGAUUUCACAUGAACUUCAAACGUUUGGGGAAUAUGGUCAUUUUUGGUAUCCUAAAAGGUCAAACUCCUGGAUGCUAAGCCUGUGGGAUUCAAUCUUAUGAUUUCACUAUAAAAAUCUGUUUACUUUUUUAGAGGCAAAAUGGGGUGGCAGAGUUCUGAACUUGUUGUCAGGAGACCUGAAUUCAAAUUCUGGCUCCAAUAUUAUCUAACAGUUACAUGGCCGUGGGCAAAUUGGAUCGUCAGUUUCCUUCGAAAUGAGAAUAAUUCUUGUAUACUACCUGCUUUAAAGGGCCAUGACGGAAAAAACAAAACAAAAACCUUUAUAAUCCUUAAAGUAUAAGUAUAUACAAGUCAUCAUUAUUAUACAAAAUAACCUUGGGGAAAAUUGAGACCCUAUACAACACAUACAAGAAUGUCU